UUGGUAUCUAACUGUCAUUUUGUUUUAGAGAUGCUUGGGUAUAUCUGGCAGUACAUCUAUACCUCCUUCUUGAGAUACUGGCUGAAAUGGCUCCUCAGACAGGCCACAGGGAAGUGUGAGCUGCAGAGGAUAUGCUCUGGAUACAAGCCAGGUGCAUCAAGAACCACCAAAGCAGAAUACUCUCUUCGCUCAUCUAAGAACAAGGUUUUAAGAGGCGCCUUGGAAAGCAGCAAGGAUCAUUUAGAGCAAUGUGUGGAUCAAAUUAUGAAGGAGAAGCAUGUCAAAGCCCAAAUAGAUCCCAUGUUUAAGGGGAGCCUUCAUAUCUGCCUGCUCCAGAUAACAGGGUAUAGCAGCUUGUAUACAUCUGUAGAAGACUUGAGAAAGGAAGUCUUCCUCUCUGAGGACCCUCAGCACGAGGCCAUGCUUUUUAAGCUCUGGGAUCUGCUGAUGCCAGAAGUCAAACUUGAGUCCAGAAUAACCAAGCAGUGGGGGGACAUUGGAUUCCAAGGAGAUGACCCCAAGACUGACUUCAGAGGGAUGGGCCUGCUGGGCCUUAUCAACCUUGUGUUUUUUAGUGAAAACUACACAGCAGAAGCUCGUCAGGUGUUGUCUCAUGCAAACCACCCUAAACUAGGGUAUUCAUACGCCAUAGUGGGUAUCAACCUGACGGAGAUGGCCUACAGCCUGCUGAAGACCGGUGCUCUCAAACCACACUUCUACAACGCAGUCCAGGGUGCCCCCGAGCUCACGCACUUUCAUCAGCUCUACUGCUACCUGGCAUAUGAGUUUGAUAAAUUCUGGGUGGCUGAGGAACCAGAGAGCAUCAUGGAGUUUAACCAGUACAGAGAAAAGUUCCAUAACGUAGUCAAGACUCAUCUACAGGACCCCAGCGUGUGUCUCAGACUGACCAGUUCUAAUUAA